AUGUGUUCCCGCGGAUCCUGCCACAGCAACGAAACCUCCUGCCAUGGAUCCCGUUCCUCCUGCCACGACUCGGGACCCUCCUGCCAUUACAUCAUCCAGAGGCAGCCAGUGCAGAAGUUCACCUACGUGACACCCUCCUGCCCCCCCGUGCAGUCCUAUUGCCCCCCUGUGCAGCGCUAUUGCCCCCCUGUGCAGCGCUACUGCCCCCCUGCCCCUUAUUGUCCCCAGUACUCCAAGAACACCUGCAACCUGCCACCGAAAUGCCCCAAGUACUAA